GGGAAAACCCUCUCGCCCCCAAUCACGGCAUGUCAUGGACGACGGCCGCUUCUUUCUCAUCACCGCGCCAUUUGAACUCAUCACUCGCAUCACUCACAAUCACACGAUACCCCCCUUUCAGCUUUCAGUCCGGAGUAAAAGAACUCUUGCCCCCCGAGUUCCUGUAGCCGCGCUGCAACAGCAGAUUCCCCCAGUAUCGCCUCAUCCGAGCGGCACACAGUCCAGGCACAAGAAGCGCCUGCUUCACUGCAGACCUGUCGGCAUAUGUCACAUCACACACACGGGCGUCUGCACAGACAUUGCGGAGCAGAAGCACGCAGGAAAGAAGGGUCUAUCGGGUUGAUAUAAGAGCCCCGGCCGAUCGUCGUUCGGCCCCCAACCUCGUCCUACACAAAGUAAAACCUCGCCCGCCUACCUAUCGCCUUGCCUAUCGCCUGUGCUGGGCAUGUAACACAGCGGACCCGUCCUCGCCGUAGGGCUCUGUUCUCUUUAUUCUUCAGUCUCCGAGCCCUGUUUCGGAUUGUCAAACCUUCUGCGACCACCAUCUUGACCUCGUUCUUUCAUAACGAUGCGUGGCUCCAGCCUACUAGCAGUAGGCCUCGGCCUGCUCAGCCCUGCCACCUCGCUCCUCGUCGCCUCCGACUCGCCUUGUGGGACGCUGUGCGGAAACGUGCUCUCCUCUACGACCAACAACGAUAUUGUCUGCCAUGAGGACGACUACACUACCGGGUCAGGCAUUGUGUUUCAGCAGUGCCUCGCUUGCGAGCAGACAAGCGACUAUCGCACCUCUGAUAAUGAGACUGACCAACAGUACUAUCUUUACAACCUCCGCUAUGCAGUCUCUUACUGUCUGUUUGGAAUCCCCGAUAAUAAGGAUGUCAUCAACACACCCUGCAUGACCUCCAAAGCUUGUGGACCCUUCCACGAUGCCAUUGUGUACAAGAAUCUCUCCUCCAAGGUCGACAAAUAUGAGUAUUGCGAUAUCUGGCCUGUGGAUGAUACCCUCGACUUUAACGGAUGUACGGAAUGUCUGCAGGCUGGCGACAACCAUUUCCUUGCCAAUUUCAUUACCGUCCUCCAAGCUGGAUGUGAACAGCAGCCCUCCCCCGGCACCCUUGUCUCUACCGAAGGCGGCAUCUUCUCAAAGGACAAUGUCAACGUGACGGAACCGACACCCAUGCAAACUGUUGACCCUGACUGGUUCAACCAAGGGCCCUUGACCCUUGAUGCCAAGGUCGGAAUCGCCUUUGCUGGAUUUGCCGUGCUCCUUGUCAUCCUCGGCUUCGCCAUCAUCUGGCGCGGCCGGAGACGGAGAAGAGCCUUCCUCAACACGCUCAGUAACAAGCCACGCAAGUCUUGGCCGGGCGUUACCCCCAUGUUUGGCACCACCCGCGACACCCCCAUGAGUCAGAAGCCGUUGAGAGGCUGGGACGAGUCGCCGAUUAGCGUUCGAUCUGAGAAGCCGUUUCAGCAGCACGGCUCGCCCUUUGCCUCCCAGUACAGCAGCCCCGUGAGCGCGACAGAGCUGAAGCUCGCUCACUGGCCCGUCAUGGCCCCCAAUGGUUCGAUCCCAGAUUUGCCGCUGUCUGAGCAGCAGCAACAGCAACUGUACCAGCAACAAAUGUACCAACACCAACUUAGCCCGCACAUUGGUGUUGCUAUGGGUGGCGAUGAAGCCUCUGUGCACACCUCUGGCUCAAAGGGCAAGGGCAAGCAAGAGGAGGAGUAUGAGAUGACCACAGUGGAGAGCCCUCAAGUGGGCAUGGGAAUCUAUCAACACGAGUACAUUCACCCGGGGUAUACCCAAACUGGAUAUCCUCAGCCUGGAUACCCCCAACCUGGGUACCCUCAAACCGAGCAUCCCCAGCCUGGACUGCCUCAGCGCGAGCACUCUCAGAACGGGGAGUCUAGCCGGGGACACCGCCGAGGGAAGGGGUCCUUUUCAGAAAGACUCAGCAACGUGGACGACCCUCACACAUAUGACGAGGAUGAUCCGCGAAGUGGUCGCACACCGCACCAAGACGGUAGCGACAGGUAGACAUGAUCAAGCGUCGUUUUUGUUUUGUGUGUAUGAGCCUGGCGUUUGGCGAUGGAGAUACCAAUGUGUGUUAAUGAGGGAUGAAAGAUCUGGAUACCACCACUAUGUAGCAUUUCUCACAAUGUGGGAAUUUAUGGGAUGAAGAGCCCAGACUUGAAG